UCACUCUUCGCCUUCAUCGUUGAGAGCUCACUCAGCUCUUCUCACUUCCCACUCCAUAGCCUCUCUAUAUCUCUUCCCCCUUCAGUCCCGAAAUGUGCCAAUCCUCCUCCCUCCCUCGCUCUCCGGCGCCACCGUCCACGGUGGUUCUCUCCUUCGUCCUCCUUCUCACCCUCACCACCACCACACUUGUCGACGGAUGGAGGCCCUGGUCUCCCUCCGGCAACAACAGAUUUAACCUCUCCGACUACACCUAUGGUGACUCCAAGAAGUACGAAGGCUCAUCGGAGUUCGUCAAGCUUAAGUACCACAUGGGACCGGUUCUCACUACCAACAUCACCGUCCAUACCAUCUGGUACGGCCGGUGGGAGCGGAACCAGAAGAAGAUCAUCCGCGAGUUUAUUAACUCAAUCUCCGCUGUACAAUCAAAACGCCCCUCCGUCGCCGGAUGGUGGCGGACCGUACAGCUCUACACUGACCAAACCGGCUCCAACAUUUCCAAAACCGUACGGCUUGGCGAGGAGAAGAACGACCGGUUCUACUCCCAUGGAAAAUCCCUCACGCGCCUGUCAAUCCAGUCUGUGAUCAAAUCCGCCAUAACCGCUAGAACCAAACCCUUACCGAUCAACCCUAGAAGCGGACUCUACCUCUUGCUCACUUCCGAGGACGUGUACGUUCAAGAUUUCUGCACAUCAGUCUGUGGGUUCCACUAUUUCACCUUCCCUUCUCUCGUCGGCUACACACUUCCCUACGCCUGGGUCGGAAACUCCGCCAAGCUCUGUCCGGGUCAAUGCGCAUACCCGUUCGCCGUGCCGGCGUUUAUCCCAAAUCGGAAGCCGUUUAAGUCUCCGAAUGGCGAUGUGGGAGUCGAUGGAAUGAUAAGCGUGAUAGGACACGAGCUGGCGGAGCUGGCGACGAACCCGUUGGCGAAUGCCUGGUAUGCGGGUCAGGACCCGAGUUUUCCGGUGGAGAUCGCCGAUCUGUGUGAGGGGAUAUACGGUACCGGAGGAGGAGGGUCGUACACGGGGCAGGUAAUGGACGCACAGGAUGGUGCCACGUAUAACAUGAAUGGGAUCAGACGGCGAUUCUUGGUUCAGUGGAUAUGGAACCAUAUAUUGAAUUACUGUACUGGCCCUAAUGCGCUUGAUCAGUGAGCGAUGGAGUCUGUGAGAGUGAGAAUAUAUGAAGAACAUGAGCGCUUGUUUUUUG